AUGGCGGCUUCUGAAGAGAUACACGAGGACUUCGAUUACGACAACGAUGACGAUUCUACAACCGCCAAAAUUAAAAUUAUUUGCCUUGGAGACAGUGCAGUUGGCAAAUCAAAGUUAGUUGAAAGAUUUCUGAUGGACGAUUAUAAACCACAGCAACUGUCUACCUAUGCCUUGACACUAUUUCGAUAUAACACAACAAUGAAUGGCAAGUCUAUUGGAGUUGAUAUAUGGGAUACUGCAGGCCAAGAAAGAUUUGCAAGUUUACAUCCUUCCUACUAUCAUCAAGCCCAUGCAUGCAUUCUUACCUUUGACGUUACUAGAAAAAUAACGUAUAAGAAUUUAAGUAGGUGGUACAAAGAAUUACGAGAAUACAGGCCAUCAAUCCCAUGUGUGGUGGUUGCAAAUAAGAUUGAUGUGGAUUUCAGUAUUACGAAGAAAUCGUUUAAUUUUGUGAAAAAACAUAAUUUACCAUUUUAUUUUGUAUCUGCUUCCGAUGGAACAAAUGUUGUCAAGGUUUUUCGGAAUGCUAUAAAACUUGCUGUUGUUUAUAAAGAAGAGUCGACAGAUUUCCUAGAUGAAGUUAUGCGAGAACUGGAGGUAUGA